CUAAGCUGGCAUUGUGUAUGCCUCUAAUGUGGUGAAUUAUUACUAGUUUUUGUCUCAAAUUAAGUUGCAUCUAUUCAUUGCAACGUAGUGCAUCUUUUGCAUUUUAUCAAUCGCCUCAGAAAAUAGGCUCGUGUGUCGGUGAUUAAAAGUUUUAUUCCCACAAUUCACUAUUACCUAUAGUAGUGCCUCAUCAUUGUGAAUGGGCGAGGCGUAAACGACACGAAAAAAGAGAGGAAACGAAAACACAGUUUCAGCCAGCUAAGAUGAGCAGCAACGGAAAUAACAUCGAGCUUCUGUGUAUAUCGGAUCAACAGCAAGCGCUCUCCGCCAGUCUGGCAGAAAAGAAUCUGAAAAAGUUUCAGUAUGCAUUGCGUCGAGGUGCGGACCCGACCGUUCGUGAUGACUUCACUGGAUUGUCCGUGUUCGAAAAGGCAUGCGAAACCGCCGGUUCUGCUAGGUUCAUUGCGGAGUGUCUAAUCUACGGUGUUGAUACGCAACAGCCGAACGUCAACGGAAAGUAUCCAGUUCAUUUUGCUGUGCUGUCGGAGGAUGCAGAGCACUUUCGGGAACUGCUAAAGGAAGGAUCCAAUCCUAAUCUGCUCUAUCAGGAACAAACGGCACUGCAUUUGCUCUUUGAGCGCUUAAACAACGAUAACUGGAAACGUGUUUUCGUUUGCAUCCAGUUGCUGAUUCAAAGUGAAGCAGCCAGUGUUAACAUUCCCAACGACGACAACCGGACACCGGUUGGAGUUUUUGUGAAAAACUCCAAAAAUUGGCAGAAAAAUUCCGAGGAUUGGAGAAAAGAAAUCCUACAGUAUUGUUUAAAGUUUGCCACCGUAGAUGUGGAUACGUUUCGUAAAGGUGAAUUGCGAAAGAAGAUUCAAGAAUAUUUCCCGGAUAUUUCAAUUCCAAGCUUCACAAUGCAGACCAACCUAGCAGUUUUGGUGACGCUCAUUAAAACCCUCAGUGAAGAUAAAUUUAAUUUGGCACUCAAACAGUACAGAUCCAAACAAACCAGUGAUAGCGAAUGGCAGAGUGAUUUACAGGAAUUGCUCUCGGCUGCAGUGCAAUCCGGCCGCCUAUCGUUUGUAAAAACACUCAUAGAUGACAGUUACCAAUUCUCGGCGGACUCCCACUUAUCGGAGCUGCUAGUUAAAUGUUGCAAUUUCGGUUAUCAUGAAAUUCUGUUGUUCAUUCUGUCCAAAACCGGGCACAUAGCAGCAUACGUAAAAGCUAUAAAUUCAGCACCACUACUUUCGCUAGUUAUUAAGGAAAUCAACACACUCAAGGACCGAGCAAAAUGUCCAUUCUUCAAGUGCCUCGGAAUCUUAUUGGAUGACGAUCGAAUAGAAGUAGACAAGGUGGAUGAUAAGGGUUGCAGUGCUCUGCAUUAUGCUGUUAAAUACAAAGUUGAUGGCGCCGUAGAUAUGUUGCUCAAACAUUCGGCCUACAUCGGAACGAGUAACAUGUUCAAGGAGCUACCGAUAUGUGAAAUGAAUGCGGAAAUCCUGCGAGAGUAUCUAGACUCGUGCGUUACUGCCAACGAAAAGCGUCCGGGAGAUGACGACUAUGAAAUUAACAUAGAUUACUCCUGUCUUGUUCCACCGGUGUACAAGAAAAACUUUACAGGGGAUACGAGAAAAGAGACCGGUUCGGGUGAAAUCAACGACGAAAUGCUGCCGAUUGUAUAUAUGGCGAACUCGGGCGAUUUGAAGCCAUUGUUGAAACAUCCUGUGAUAUCGAGUUUUGUGUUAAUUAAAUGGUUAAGGCUUAGUAUUUAUUUCUACAUAAAUUUAGUGAUUUGUACGACUUUCUUUCUGGCCUUCACCUGGUACGUUGUUGGAUGUUACGGCCACAAUAACGUCGAUCAAUGGCUCAAACUUUCGCUGAGAGUAAUUUCGUUGGUCGGGACUACAUACAUAGCAGUGAGAGAAGUUGGUCAAAUGUUGCUUCACGCGAAAAUGUACUUCCGGUCAAUCGAAAACUGGAUGGAGCUUACGCUGAUUUUGGCAUCCUAUACGGUUCUACUGAAGGAAUUCGAACAAAGCGAGGUUCGGCAAAUCAUAUCGGCAGUAGUAAUUCUACUUUCCGCCGUGGAAUUCACGCUGCUAGUCGGAAUGCUGCCCAUCCUGUCGAUAUCAACGCAUAUGGUUAUGCUGAAGACAGUGUCGAAAAAUUUCCUGAAGAGUCUCAUUCUGUACUCCAUAAUACUGAUUUCAUUCGCUUUCUGUUUCUACACACUUUUUAACGUUAACAAUGCUGCUAAAUCGAAAGAUGUGAUAACCUUCCCCGACCAGUUAAAUGGCGACAAAGACGAAAAGGAACCGGAAGAAGAGGACAAAUUCAACACCUUCGGCGAUAUUGGUACAGCAUUGCUUAAAACAAUGGUUAUGUUAACAGGUGAAUUUGAAGCUGCCAAUAUCAAGUUUCAAACCAACGGGGUUAGCUAUUUGAUAUUCCUGUUGUUUUUGUUUUUCGUUGCCAUAGUAAUAUUCAAUCUCAUGAACGGAUUAGCUGUCAGUGAUACUGCGGCUAUAAAAGCGGAAGCUGAACUGAUAGGACUAUCGCAAAAAGUGGAUGUUAUUUCUAAGUACGAAAAUGCGUUGAAAUUCCCCAAUUCAAAUGGAGUGGUAACAAACCUAAUCCAUUACAUUUUUCCGAGAACGUUUUUACAACUUUUCCCCGCAUAUUUACCGUACUAUUACGUAAUAGUAGCUCCCAAUCAAUCGAAUGCUAUAUUCAUACCACGACCGCAGAAGAACGUAGACUCGGAAGCUACCGCUUUGGAUGUUGAAAGCCAUAUCGAAUUGCUGCCGGAGAAUGCACGAAGCAACGAACGGUUCAAGCUAAGUUUCGGUUGCUGCAUUUUGCCUUCGUUCUCGAAGAUGGACGCUAAAAUUAUGAAGUAUGCAAAGGAAAUUCUGCACUCACGAAACAAGAAAAUCCAUUCGACCGAUAAGCUGGUAGCUUUCGAUAUGAGAUUGUCAACCAUCGAGCAGAAAUUGGAGCAAAUACUGCAGCUGAUGGGAAAAGCUGUAAAGUAAUCUAGGUUACAUAGUUUACAUCGUAUUGUCAAAUAAAGUUCCCCCUGAGUUUUUCUCUACAAGUAUUAUCGUAUCAGGAAAAAAGCUGUACGUUUAAGUUUGAAUCUGAUUUAUAUUAUAUAAAGUGUUAUUUUGCUAACAAAGUCUAUUCAAUUGAUCAAAAGAGAUAUUAAAAUUACUAAUUCGAAUGAUAAACAGUGAUAACAUACCUUGUGUUUGCUUUGAA